AUGGAUACCGAAUCCCUAGAACGGCAGCUCGCAGACCUUGGGCGGCCGCGUGUCUUGAUCGUCGGCGACUUGAUGGUCGACCGUUACGUACGUGGCGAUGUCUCCCGUAUCUCGCCCGAAGCUCCGAUCCCCGUGCUGGCCGCUUCGCACUCCGAAGAGAUGCUAGGCGGUGCGGGGAACGUGGCCUACAACCUGGCGCUGAUGGAGGCUGACGUUGAUCUGGUCGGCGUGAUUGGCGAAGACAGCUGGGGGAAGCGCAUGCGUGAGUUGUUCGAAGAGUGCGACAUCGGAACGGCGGGCUUGGUGGUCGACACGGAGCGCCCUACGACGUUGAAGUCGCGCAUCGUGAGCGGCGUCCAGCAGAUGCUGCGUGUUGACUGGGAAGACUCGACUGACGUUUCGGGGGCGGCCCUAGAUGACGUGCUCCUGCAUGCGAAACGACUCGUGUCUAAGGUCGGCGCCGUGGUGCUGUCAGACUACGGCAAGGGUGUCUUGACGGACCGAGUCUUGGAAGCAGUGAUUGCUGCCGCUCGCACGGCUGGCGUGCCUGUGCUCGUCGAUCCCAAAGGUACUGACUUCUCUCGCUACAAAGGGGCUAGCCUGAUCACGCCCAACCGCAAGGAAGCUGAAGGUGCGCUUGGUCGCAAACUCAAGGGUCUAGCCGAAGUGGCCCAUGGCGCGGAAGAGUUGAUCGGCGUGGCGAAUUUGCAAACGGCUAUCAUUACUCUAGGAGCGGAGGGCAUCUACUACCGGAGCAAGGCCGGCUUGGAAGGCCGCGAAGCAACCCGCGCUCGAGCAGUGUUUGAUGUGACUGGCGCCGGCGACACCGUCGUGGCGCACCUCGCGCUCUACCACGCCGCGGGGUUUGAGUUGCCGACAGCCGUCGCUCUCGCCAACCAUGCAGCAGGUGUGGUUGUCGGCCGGCUCGGUGCUGGCGGAGUGACGCGCGAAGAACUGGCCGCCAAGCUCCGCGAGAGCAUUCCUGAAGAGGGCACGGUUCUGAACGCCGGAGACCUCGAAGCCGUCCUCGCCGCAUGGCGCAGUGAGACAAAGCGAAUCGUGUUCACCAACGGUUGCUUCGACAUCAUUCACACGGGGCACGUGAAUUACCUGCGGUUCGCCCGCUCCCACGGCGACGUGUUGAUUGUUGGUGUGAACGACGACGCCAGCGUGAGUCGCUUGAAAGGCCCUUCUCGGCCGGUGAAUCCCGUGGGCGAUCGCAUGGAAGUCUUGGCCGCUAUGGAAAUGGUGGAUGCUGUGAUCUCGUUCACCGAGGACACACCUGCCAACAUCGUCGAACGGGUCUCCCCUGACGUGCUCGUGAAAGGCGAGGACUGGGCGGACAAAGGCGUCGUCGGACGUGAAUGGGUCGAGAAACACGGUGGCCAAGUGGUCCUCGCUCCCAUGGUCGCAGGUCGCUCCACCACGGGCAUCCUCGAGCGAGCGCGCAACAACCCUUCUUAA